AUGGCUGUAACGGCAAGUGGUCGGCUCCUGUCACCACUGGGCCAGGUCUGGGCCCCAGGACCAGUGGCGUGUUUGCACUCCAGCAGUGUCCACAGCAAGGAGGGCAUGAACCACCUGUGGAGGAUGCUGACCUUCUUCAUCAUGCUCUCCAGGGUGGUGGUCAGCAUGCUGAAUGCCUACCUGAAGUCACAGGACCAUCACAAACUGCCUGAAUUCAUCCCAUACCCUCACCUCUGCAUCCAGACCAAGCCUUUCCCAUGGGAAGAUGGAAACCAUACUCUGUUUAAUAACCAUCAUAUCAAUCCUCUCCCAACCAGUUAUGAGGCUGAGUAA